AUCAAUGAAUCUGAAAACUUUUCCCAGACCCCCUGGCAGAGUGCCACAGACCACACUUUGAGUGGUUUUCUACAUACUAUACAGUAACUUUUCAGGACAUCUAUGAGUAAGUUUAACUCUAAUCUCCUCUCAGCUCUCUCCUGUUCUCCACAGUGUCCACUGAAAACUGAGCUGAAUAGACGUCCUGCUCCUUUAAGACUUCCACACAGGACCAGUUGAGAAUAUGACUAAACUGUAGGAGGGUGGUGCUUAAACAAACAGUGACAGGGACUGCUUGGCCAUGUGAACACAACCAAAGGACUCCAGAUCAACGGGAAGCUGAGAUCAGCAGAAUCAACUUAAUAUCCUCAAAUUGCUGUCUGUUGAAGACUUUAACUGGAUUUUCUUUAUUUUUUGUGACAUUCAGAUGAUCUGAAAUAUUUGGAUUUCUCUGAAGAGACAGCUUUGACCGGUUGACAAAAUAAUAGUUCUUUAAAAAAAAAAAAGGCGGGAUUUAAGUUCAGUGAGGAAAAAUAGUUAUUGUGUUUAAUUUGUUUUAUAAGCUGUGGUUGUAUUGUAGAUACAGCAGAGUUAGUGUGUGGAGUCCACAGAGGCGCUGCGGUGCCCGGGACAACCAGACGCGCCUGCAGCACCGGUGCGUAAAGAUUCCUCUCAGCUUUCUUUUUACGCAAUUACCAGAGGACAGCAUUACUUUGGUGACUUUACCUCUGGUGACAACAGGCCGGCGUGAACAUGCUACAAAAUGGAAACGGGAAGGAGCAGCCAGUGCAAGCGCCACUGGCUGAGGCAGAGCCGGACUCUCCGGCGGACAACAAGCAGGACAACAAGCCGGACCCGCAGCCCGCUCCUCCAGCUCCUCCAGCUCCUCCUGCUGCAGCCGACGGACAGGACAGCCAGCCUACACACUUCGCCUUGCCCGAUUACCCCAAAGUGGAGAUAAAACGCAACGCAGUGACGGACGAUUACAAGAUCUCCAGUCAGGUUCUGGGCUUAGGCAUCAAUGGAAAAGUUCUUCAGUGCUUCAGCAAGAAGACAGGAGAGAAGUGCGCACUGAAGAUUCUCUACGACAGCCCCAAAGCCAGACGAGAGGUGGAGCUCCACUGGCGAGUGUCAGCAGGGCCGUAUAUCGUUCGCAUCCUCAGCCUGUAUGAGAACAUGCAUCAUGGAAAGAAGUGCCUGCUCAUCAUCAUGGAGUGUAUGGAGGGAGGAGAGCUGUUCAGCCGAAUCCAGGCCAGAGGAGACCAGGCCUUCACUGAGAAAGAGGCUUCUGAGAUCAUGAGGGACAUCGGCACGGCCAUCGACUAUCUCCACAGCAUCAACAUCGCCCACAGAGACAUCAAGCCAGAGAACCUGCUGUACACCAUUAAAGAAAAAAACGGGAUUCUCAAAUUAACAGACUUUGGCUUUGCAAAGGAGACGACAUUACACAACCCUCUACAGACGCCCUGUUAUACACCGUACUAUGUGGCUCCUGAGGUUUUGGGUCCGGAGAAAUAUGACAAGUCGUGUGACAUGUGGUCUCUGGGCGUCAUCAUGUACAUCCUGUUGUGUGGCUUCCCUCCUUUUUACUCCAACACGGGCCAGGCUAUUUCUCCGGGGAUGAAGAGGAGGAUCAGGAUGGGCCAGUACGAAUUCCCCAACCCAGAGUGGUCGGACGUGUCACAGGAAGCCAAAGAUUUGAUCCAUCUGCUGCUGAAGACGGACCCUACCGAGAGAAUGACCAUCACUCAGUUUAUGAACCAUCCCUGGAUUAAUAAGUCCAUGGUAGUUCCCUCCACUCCGCUCCACACCACCCGGGUCCUGACUGAAGACAGAGAGAUGUGGGAGGACGUGAAGGAAGAGAUGACCAGCGCUUUAGCGACCAUGCGCGUGGACUACGACCAGGUGAAGAUCAAAGAUCUCGACACUUCCAGCAACCCGCUGCUCAACAAGAGACGCAAGAAGGCCGCCGCCGGGGCCAAGAGUGGGUCCACGGUCUGCCAAAGUCAGUGAGACACAGAGGAGGAGAAGCUAAUUUGAGCAGGAGAGGAUCAUUAAGAGACCUACUCGAGACUCUUGAGAGACUGGACGUUGAGGAAACGUUCUCUGAAAUAAAAGGGACAACAUAGGAACAACAGCAAAGCCAGAGCUGGACAUUUAUAAGACAUAUCAAGACCUGUUUCUCCCAUCAGGGGUAGAAGUCUCUGCUCACUGCGGGUCUAGCUGUUUUUAAUUAUUUUUAUGUACUUAUGUCAUUUUUAGACCUUGACUCA